AUGGGAGUUGCAGUCCGCAGGGGAGAUGAAUACUGGUCCCUAGCACCACGCAGAGGUGCUUGCACAUUGCUAGGGGGCCUUGAUUUCGCAGAUGUCCCUGCGGAGACUCUUGGUGUCGCAGAUGUCCCUGCGGAUCCUCUUGGUAACGCAUUUUUCCUUGCGGAGAACUUAUUUGACGCAGCGGUCUCCUGCAGAGAACUUGGUAAUGCAGCGGUCUCCUGCAGAGAACUUGUUGACGCAGCGGUCUCCUGCGGGUCUCAAUUGUCAUCACAGCGUCCCCCUGCGGAGUUCACUUGGUAA